GUCAAUGUGUACCUGCAACCAGCUCACACAAUAUUUGCACCCCUCCCCUGGGACCGUUAGGUUUUAAAUAAAAUUCUUUUCGUUAAAACUCGCGAUAACGUCCUAAAACAAUAAUACCACUGACUAUUGCCGGGAAAAUUAUGGGGUGGGAACGAAGAAGAUGGAGGGAGUGUGAAGAAGACACCUGCGAGGAAAGAUCACUCGGACAAAGAGGCUAUUUCUACAUGAAUGAAUGUUCUGCUCUUAUCGCUACUUUAUUUCCGAGAAAGGAAGUAAUGAGUCAUUAAGACCUUGCAAAACAAGUCGACAUGGAGUGUGUGACUGCCACAAAUAAAGACAAAGCUUGCUAAGAAACGACAGACUGACCACAACACACACACAUCCGGGUCUUCUAAGGUUGUACGUAAAGUUUAUCAGUUACAGAAGCUCCACCAAUCAAAGUUCUCCACCAGCAGAAGUGCGUUGUCCACAACAUACCUUGGUGACAACGUCUACCUGUGCGGUGACCACAGUCGCUCGGUACCACACCUUGGCGAUAACGUCUACCUGUGAGGUGACCACUGUCUCCACGUUCCUCCGUCACACGUGUGACGUCAUUACAGGACAUGGCGACGUGCGGGCGGGUGUCCGCCAUGUUGUGUGCAGCGAUCAGGUACGCCUGUCCCCCUGACCAGUGCACUUCCAUCCCCAAUGCUUACUGUGACCAGUUCGCCUGCGCCUGCAAAACUCUCUUCUACGGAACUGAUGGCGAAACCGUCUGUCACUCCAGAAAACUGAUCGGAAGUGACUGUGUGAUCAAUGACGAGUGCGUGGAGCAUGCGCAGUGCGAAGAUGGAACUUGUAAACUCAUCUCCAGCCAGAAGUGCAAAGCCUCUCGUGUUUCAGUUUCUCAUGUUUCUUCUGCAAUCAUCAUGGCUGCUGUGUUGAGCACGUCUCUCUCACCUUGACCCUAGACUGAUAGACAAUGUUCUUUCUAUCAUGUAAACGACAGCUGAUAAAGUUGUCCUAUUCGUGUUUGUACGUAGAUGAUUUGGCUCGGCGCUGUUGAAAUAUGCAUACAAAUAUUUAUGAAUGCUGACAUGUCUGUGAGUGAGUGUAUGUGUGUCGGUGUCUAUGUGUUACAUGCAUGCCGUUCUAGGUGUUUUGCUGUUAGUUACACCGCUCAUGUAGGGUUCAUUUGUUUCACUUUCUUUUUGGCAUAAAGCGUUUAGUAAACACAA